GCAGGGGCCGGGCCCGGGUCCGGCGCGUAGCUCUGGGCCCGGGCCUCAGCUCCCGGACGGCGGAGCCGGGCAGCGCCUCAGGGAACUGAUGGGAUGGCAGCCCCCAGAAACCAGCCUGAGGAGUCGGCAGCAGAUCGGCGAUCGGUGCUGAAGGUCGGUGAGGAAUAAAACCACGCAGUGCCGGGAUGCAGAGCGGCGGAGAUGUGCUGGGUGACAGCAGCUGACAGCUCCAGCCUGCCCCACGCCAAGCCUUCCCCCACUAGAGGACUUUGCGAGAUGUGGAUUCAGCAGAGAGGUGUUGAAGGGCCGGAGCUCAGGCAGGGUGACGUGGAGCUGCAGGGAAGGUCGGUAGGUUGUGGCUUGAUGUGAGAACCAAACAGGGGAGCCUCUGCAGCUGCGCAGAGAUGUGGCCCCAGGAGUCACUGUUUGACUCAGAGGGACUGGUGAGGUGAAUUCCGGCGUGGCAGAGCAGGAGAUUUCCAACAGCCUUUUUGUUGUAUGUGCUGCUGUGGUGCCAGGCUGGGUACCUGUCAGGCCUUGGAUGCAGAGGCUGUCAGCUGUUCUUGCCAAAGCGUGACGUCUUCCCGUGUUCACCUGCUGCUGAACCCAGUGCUCCAGAGUGGGAGUGGGUCUGUUGGGAUUGAUUCAGAGUCGCCCUGAUUUCUCACUACUGGGUGUGUAACUCCUGCGUGCUCGGUGCUCGCACUCACUGACUGUAAGCAGGUGGCUGAAUUUUUGUGUUACUUGGCAUCUGUUAGUUUUUGAAAGUCUGAAACAGAUCGGUGGUUGUGUUCAGUUGCUGAUAGGGCUGUGACUCUCAAGGACCUUCCAUCAAAUGAAGACACCUUCCCAUCCCUGAGCAGCAGAUGUUACAUGUCCUGAGUCUUCACUGCUCUCUGCCCUUCCAUCCGCUCCUGGAUAUGACCCCAAAGCUGAGAAAUCAAUAUCUCUUAGUUUUAGGCUUUGUAGAUGUGUUUUUUUCCAAAGCUAUGUCUUUAAAAGCACUUGCUGGUCUCUGCCCUUUGGGAUGCACGUGCUUCUAUCUCCAGUGUGUGCUCUUUCAUCUCAGUGCUGUACAUUUGCUAGAAAAUGGGAACAAAUGGCAAAGAGGGACGAUUUGCAGAGGCUUUACAAAGCGUGCGUCCAAACACCUGAUGUCUGCUUGAAGUGUGCUGUGCAUUUUAGGAGGGGAAUUAUGAUCUAUAUUCAUUGAGGAGCACAAAGUGUGCCUUCUUCCUUCCCGUGACGUGUGAGGAGACAUUCCUAGCGCCAUCCCUUCCCCACGUGUUUAUUCUUCUUUGUUUUCUUACCUCUUGAACUGUAACUUUCUGGCCAGGUGGAAGAUGGGGCCGUUUCCCUCGUGCUCUCGGUGGCUCUGACACCUGGUCACCGUGAAGUCCCAGAGCAGACAGAGGGGCAGUGGCAGUGGGAUUUUCUCACCUUCAGAAAACCCAAACAACCAGUUGCCUAAUGGGAUUACCUCUCCUGCUGGCAUCAUGGGGAGCUGCUGCAGUUGUCUGUGUGGAGACAACAUCCCAGACAACCACCCCACCAAAUUUAAGGUAACGAAUGUGGACGAUGAAGGAAACGAGCUGGGAGCUGGGCUGAUGGAGCUGACGCAGACAGAGCUCAUCUUGCACACUCACAAGAGAGAUGCAGUCAGGUGGCCCUACCUCUGCCUGCGCCGCUACGGCUACGACUCCAACCUCUUCUCCUUCGAGAGCGGCCGUCGCUGCCACACAGGGCAGGGGAUUUUUGCCUUCAAAUGUUCCAGAGCGGAGGAGAUCUUCAAUCUGCUCCAGGACCUGAUGCAGUGUAACAGCAUCAACGUUGUGGAGGAGCCUGUUGUCAUCACCAGGAACAGUCACCCUACAGAGAGGGAGCGCUCCCGCACCCCCCAGGCCCCCACCAGUCUGGGGUACAGCGUCCCAGGAUUUGCCAAUGGAUUCCACAGUUUCCCUGGAGAAAGCCUGUCAUACCUGGCAGCCCGCCACCCCUCCAUGAGCAGCCUGAGGCAUUCCUCUGUGGGUGAAGACUCCACUCAUGCCCUCAUUGGGCCUGACGAUCAGUCCCACACCUACGUGAACACAGCCAGUGGUGAUCAGGAGCUGAGGGGCCAACAUUGUAUGCACUCCUUGCCUGAAGUCCACCCUCCUUUCCCCCAUAGGAAACGCAGCUGCUCCCUCGAAGACCGCAAUCCCCAGGUCUUCCUGCAGCCCGGGGAGGUGAAGUUUGUGUUGGGUCCCGCGCCCAACUACAGGCGCAUCAGUCGGCACCACCGGGAGUGCAGGACGCACUUCUGUGCUCCCAGCAACAACAACGAGCGCGAGGAUGAGUGCCCUGCGCCCCAGUGCGUCUACGAGAAUCUCAAUGGCUUGCUGCCCCCUGGCACCUCGUCCCUCUGCCGGGCCGGGCGCGUGAAGGUCCCCCACGAGGACAAGGGCUCGUCCGGCUGCUCCCAUCGGAGAGCUGCAUUGCUGCACUACGAGAACUUGCCGGCGCUGCCCCCGGUGUGGGAGUGCCAGCCGCUCCGCCGGGGCGAGGAGGACGCUGGGGACGCCCUGACGCCUUCUCCCGACAGCUGUCCCGAGGCUGGAGAAGAGGAUCCGCUGCAGAACUACGUGAACUCAGAGAGCACCGCGCUGCACGGGGGCAGCAGCCUGCGGCGCGGUGCCUUCCUGCCCAAACCCCAGCGCGGCUGCGUGCCCAGCGUCUUCAGCUUUGACUUCCCCCGGCCCCGGCUGGAGCAGCCGCGGCAGCUCAACUACAUCCAGGUGGAGCUGGAGGCUGAGCCUCACAAGGGCCGGCCCAACGCCCCGGCCUCCCGCGCCCGCCCGGCUGCCUCCCACGAAGUGCCCCGGACGGAUUCCUACGCGGUGAUUGACCUCAAAAAGACAGCAGCCAUGUCCAAUCUGCAGCGGGCCCGGCCCAGGGACGAUGGGACCUCACGGAAAACUCGACACAACAGCACCGACCUGCCUCUGUAAGGGCACCCGGUGCGAGCACUGCGCUGUGCUUUGGUACCCACCCUUCAGCGUGUUGCCCGGUGUGGCUUCCAUCCACCAUUGCCUUCUGCUUCCCCGUUUGCCCCAUUGCCUGGUGUUAUGGGAUGGCUCCUACAGCUGGUGUUCAUGCUGCUCUAUCUGUCUGUCCUCCCCUCUCCAUCUCCUGUGCAGUUUGUUUUAUAAAGCCUUAUGGGGUGUUUAAAGACACCAUCUGGAAGUUCCACUGUCUUUCUGGCAAGGGGGGCAGAGGGUGCCCACGGUAGCGCUGGCACUGCAUGGAUACCACCUCCAACAGGGCUGGCCCUCCUGGAUUCCUGCUGCUCCGUGAGCAGUGCUGGCAGCCUGGGAUCUUCUCUGGGGAGACCUGACUGCAUCUCACUGCCCCAGAGUCAGUUUUUGCCUUGUGAUUUCUCUGGUCCCUCAUGACAUGGGAGCUCAUGCUGCAGUCUUUCCCUCCUCAAUUUGCUCCUUUCUUCUUCUGCACUAUUUUUUUGAAGCUCGUAGAAGCUUCCCAUACUUCUGUCCCUUUCUUAGAUUCGAUUUAGAUUGGGCAGCUCUAGAAACUAAUAGAAGAGGACAGACAGCCAUGGACACAAACACUGUGAUCACAGAAACCUCAUAUCCCGAAGAUACUUUGCUUAUAAAGUGGAGGGGCAGACUGCAAGUGUGAGGGGCUGUAGGUUGGGUAUAGAAGCCUUCAAUUGUACUGUACCCAGUUUUGAUUUCUGGGAGGGGGCUGUUCAGAAACACUGUUGAUUUGUUUACUGAUUUAUUUAUUAAAUGUUCUUUUUGCAUCCCGGUGGAGAUGGCCAAAAGUGGUGCCAGCGCGACACAUGUGCUCAUGUGCCCUCUGCCUGAGCAGAGCUGCUGGCGUUGUAGGGCUGCCGUCAGUGAAAAGAGCAGCUGUGAUUCAGUGUUUUUUAACUGGGAUUUGCUGUUGCAGAGAGGGUGGGUGGGUGUGAGGUGGCCGGGCUUGGAGCGCUAUCAAAGUGGUUGCCUGCACCCACGUUCCUGGCCAGGUCCAUGAGAAAUAUUUGAUCCUGUUUAGAGCGAAUGUGUCAUUUGUUUCCUACAGCUACAGACUUGGGAAGGGCUAAAUUUCCGUAAAUGUGUGGCCUUUGAUGUGGAGUUUUCUGUUGACGCUGAAGCUGAGCUGUCAGGCCUCCACGUGAGGCCCUGUGUCGGCUCUCUGCUGGUGCAGGGCAUGCCUCCACACCCCUCUGCGUGGUGACAUGCUGCAGCUUCACCCGCAUUACUUUUUGCCUCCUUGGGCCGUAUCUGGGAGACAGAAGUGCUCCGGAGUCGCUUUGGAGUCCCACCUUUCUGCUUUCUGUUCUCCCUGUGAUGUGAGCGGAGAGGCCCAGCACCCAGCAGGUUGUCCCACUGCCCAUCUCGGCUGUGCCCUCCUCCUUCCAGCAUGGAGGUCGGUGAGCAGCUGCUGUGAAGGAGGACAGCACGCAGUCAUCGCCUGCUUUGGAGCUGCACAGACCCCAUUUCCAUAGUUUUUGAUGCUUUUCUAAGUGCUGCCCUGAUGUUGUACUGAAAGGUGGCACUUUUGUGAGGAAGGGCAGUGCCACGCAGCUGGAAAAGCAGCAGAAGUGUGCACAGAGCCAUACCUGUGUCUGCAGAUCCUCAACUUGCUGUUUGUUGCACUAUGAAUCCAAAGUGCCCCAUAUGCUUAAAUUCAGUGACUGUUCCCUUUUUGGGGAAGUUCUUCUUGUCCAUUCUUUACUUUGUGCCAACUUUUAUGUGAUUUGUAACAGAAAGGAAACUCAAGGGAUAUGUUUUUGUAUUAUGCCAAAUGACUUUCUUUGAAGGAAAAUGGGCAUCCCCCUAAAAUCUCUCUCUAACUUUCAUUUGGAGAAGCGAGAGAAGAAAUUGUUUAUGUAUACAUUAAAAAAAAAAAAAAAAAAGUGAACUGUAUAAAGCUUUAACAAAACUGUGUAAGUACAGAGCUCUUGCUCUGUAAGUUCAUCCCCUGCCGUGGCUCCAGCAGCACCAGCAGGAGCCGGGUUCCAGUAGGAACCUGCAUUUGCAGCAUCACAGCCCAGUGAGAAAUGCUAUGCCAAGUGCUCCUACCAGACAAGUGACAAAGGAUGAACAUUUUAGACUUCUGUGGAGCAAGAUGACAGGCUGUGGAUUGGUGCAAUAAGGGGUGUGCUGCUGGGCUCUGAGACACGUGUGCUCCAAAAUACGGCUCACAGCUGCUCUGGGCCUUCCUUUCCUCCCCCAGCAACUUUGGAGCCCCCAAACCUCGCUGGGAUAUCAAAAGCAGGAGAGGUGAGGAGGGCACGCACACAGGGGCUGCAUUACAGCAUUCCCUGCAUUGCUGUGCCUGUCCAAAGGAGAAAAAUAACUCCCUUGUCUUGUUUUUAAGGAAGAGCUGACGUCUGCUGCUGCUGCACUUGCUGCUCUGAGAGCAUCCACCCUUGCUGCUCUGUGCCCCUCAGCAUGCAGCCCUGACCACGAGCUGGGAGCUGCAGGCUCACAAAUGAUUUUCUCUGUUUUUCUUGCUUUUGUGAGAAACUUCACAACGUCCUCUUUAAAUAACCGGGACUCUCUCUUACCUUCUUAACCCCCUGUUUUGCAAAGUGCAGGAACAGACCCGAGCAGUUUGAACACGGCUCCGGCAAUGUCCCUGUCUGGGCUCUCGCCCCAACGUUUCCACCGGCUCUCCAGUGUCGCAGCUUCCUCUAGUGGUCAGAGCUGCAGCAGCUGCAGGAGGAGAAACCAGCGGGAGGUUGAGGUGCGGGUUGGUUCUGUCUCGUUCCUUCCGUCCUGGGAUGUGCGUGGUGGGCGGCACAGAGCCCUCCUCAGAACCCUGCGGGCUCCUUCCUUCUCACUCGUUUCUUUCGGUUAAAAAUCACCUGUAUGAAUUAUGUUGUACCUGUGCAGCACUUUGCAGAGGUGGGUCUGGCAGAUCUUGCUUUGAGCCUUAUAUGCAAGUUUGCUGGGCUUUCUCAAUGAGUGCACACUGAUAGGUGUGUGAGUGCCUGCUGGAUGGGAAACUUCACCCGGGGCAGCUGAUGAGCAUCCCGUGGUCCAGCCGUGCUGCAAGGACGGCCUCCCCAGGGCAGCAUGCCUAGAAUCGGUGCUUGCGUCCAUAAACACUUCUGUGGUUUAGAGAUUGAGGGAUUCACCCAGGGCUGAGUGGUUCCUGUUUGAGUUUUGAGUGAACCGAGCAGAUUUCUCCCCUGAUAUUUCUUCCCUGGGGACUGCAUACCCCAGAUCUUCUGCCCAUCCCUCUCCCCAGGCUCGGUCGGUAGGAACAGCUUCUCGUGGCUCUCAGCUGUCUUUUAUCAUGGGAGGGUUUAUCUUUUUUUUUUUUUUAAUUCUAACCCAUUUAAUGUGCCUGCUUUUCCCCCUAGGGAAGGCGCUUGGUUAUUUGUGAGCUGUUUUUGCCUUACAGAGAGAGUGUGGCAAAGGAGAGGCUGAGGAUUAAAAGAUCAAUAUUUUUGCAAAGAGCUUUGAAUGUCCCAGAUGUUACCGAAGCACUAUGUGUUGUUUUUCUUACCCAAGCCAUGCUGGUUGCUGUGAGGAAGCCCAAACCCAGCUUCUGCUCCUGCUGUCCGUGUUUCUGGUUGCAUCCCUCCAAGCCCCAGAGCCCCAUCCCAGCAGUGUUCCCAGCUCUCGUUCUGCUCUGUGCCUAUGGGUGCUGGGUGUCCUUUCUCUGUGCCUCAGUGUCACUGUGGCAAAAUGGGGGAAGAGGCGCCAAAGCGUUGGUGCGAUGCUCUUGAGAUACGAGUGGGAGCUCUCUGUCAGGGCUCAGCACCACUUCUGUACGUUCUCAGCUGUUUGCUCUCAAAGUCGUUCUUCUGUCCCUCCGUGUUGUGCUGCUUAGCCCUUCUCGGGUUGUAUCUCAACUGUGAAGCGUCAUUAACGAGCGGUUGUUAAUGAAUGCAUUGCCUCAUAUAGAAUCGUAAAAUGGCUUGGGCUGGAAGGGACCCUGAGGCCCAAACUCAGCUUGGGGGGCUGAAGCUUGACUUCCCCCGCAGCCUGGCUCCUCCUGAAGCGCCGUGCUCAGGCAGCAGAACAGGUUUAGGUUCCCGUUCCCAAACAGGACCAAAGGUGAAUACAUUAGGGGAAGUCUGGAGAGCUUUGAAGUUGGCAGCCACAGGCCGAGGCGUAGAGAAAAGCAAAUUCUCAAGAAGGAACUCAUUUGUUUUUCUUCCAUCGCUGGAUGUGAUUAUGAAGUCGGGAGGCCCAGGUGCAUCUGCGUUCUCUCGAGCUCUCCUCUGAGCUUCCCCUCUCUGCGACUCGUCCUGCUGCCUCUGAGCAUUUCUGACACGGCAGAAAAGCGGCGGUGCUUCGGGGCCGUGACCGCUGGGGAUGGGGCUGCCGUGCCCAGGGGGCCGCCCUCCCUGCAUCGCGCUUCUGCAGGCUGCCUCGUGGUGUCAGUCAGCCUCUGUGUUUCACGCAGGUGUAACCUCGCAGGUGAAGAACAGUAGUGCUGUGUGACUGAGGAGCUCGUGUCUUGUUAACGCGCACUACGAGUGUAUACUGAAUAAAUGGAAUAUGGUGACGAUACA